CAGCCCACCCGAGGCGGAAAAGCGAAGUGAAUCUUCCGUGCUUCUGAGGGUCGCGUUAAAAAACCAACAACUUUAGUCUUGCUUCAUUCUGCGAGGAGCGUUGCGCUUGCAGGACAGCUGGCCUCAAAGCGGGAGCGGCCAUGGAGGAAGGCGGCAACAUGUACGAAGAGCCGCGGGGGGGCGGGGUGCCUCCUGAAGGACGCGAGAUUGAUGACGUGAUGAACGGACCUGUCCAGAAUGGGGCAGAUGUGCAGCUGGAGAAUUUUGUGGAGGCUCACGCAGAAUACAAUGAAGAAGAAGAAGAGCGAAAGUACUUCCGCCGUAAACGUCUUGGAGUUGUCAAGAAUCUUUUGGCAGCCAGCAUGGCAGGGAUGCUGACCUAUGGGGUUUUUCUAGGUCUGCUUCAGAUGCAGCUCAUUUUGCAUUAUGAUGAGACCUACCGGGAGGUAAAAUAUAGCAACCUUGGACUACAGAAUAUUGAUAGCAAAAUGCUGCUCGGCAUUAGCAUCACACCCCUUGCUGCAUUUCUCUAUACUCCAAUAUUCAUCAGAUUUUUUGGCACUAAAUGGAUGCUAUUCUUGGCAGUGGGCAUCUAUGCACUUUUUGUCUCCACUAAUUACUGGGAGCGCUACUAUACUUUGGUACCAUCUGCAGUGGCAAUUGGGGCUGCCAUUGUACCUCUUUGGGCAUCUCUGGGCAACUACAUCCUCAGGAUGGCACAGAAAUACUAUGAACAUGUGAACUACAAGCUGGAACAUGUCCAGGAGCAGAAACGGGCACCACGUGGUGCCUACAAUUCCUACAUCAUUACCUUUGAGGCAGUCUUCUAUGGCUUUUUCUUUCUGAGCUUUGUUUAUGCCGAGUUUCCUAUGUUUUUCUUCUUGAAGAAUUAUCUCUUCGAGCUGAACCACACACUUUACGAUGUCAAGAAUUGUGGGACUGCAAGUCAUGGGAUCCUCAUUGGGUUCAAUAGUACAGUUCUCCAGAAAUUGCCUCGCAGCAGUGAGCUCAUCGUAGUGGAGAGCGUGCUGAUGGGAGUAGCCUUCCUCUCCAUGCUCAUGGUGUUGCUUCUUUGUGGCUCAGCUUAUCGCCCCACGGAGGAGAUUGAUCUGCGUAGCAUUGGAUGGGGCAACAUCUUCCAGCUUCCCUUCAAGCACAUGCGAGAUUACCGCCUGCGCUACCUCCUCCUCUUCUUCAUCUACAGUGGCUUUGAAGUGCUCUUCCUUUGCACCGACUUUACUUUGAACUAUGGUGUCUGUUGUAUUGGCCUGGAACACAUGGCUUAUAUUCUCACUGCUUAUGGAAUUGCAUCUGCUGUUGGCUCUACUCUGGUACUAACUAUGCUGAGGCUGCCUCGUCAAGGUCCACUGCUUACUGGAGCUUCUAUUCACGCCAUCCUCUUGAUUGCCCUCUUCUGCUGGGAGCCUCAAGCCAAAAAUUUAGCUGAAGCACCCAUAAUCUACCUGGUGGCUGCUUUCUGGGGCCUUGGCAGUGCCCUCAACAAGACAGGACUCAGCACACUUCUGGGGAUGCUUUAUGAAGACAAAGAACGGCAGGAUUUCAUCUUCACCAUCUACCAUUGGUGGCAAGCCUGCGCCAUGUUUGUUGUUUAUUGCUGGUCUAAUCUGCCCAUGAAGGCUAAAUUAUCCAUCCUGCUUGUUACUUUGUUUGCUGCGGUGUUCUCCUAUAUAUGGAUGGAAUGUAAGAUAGCCCAGAGUGUUCCCCACCGUCUCCCUAAGAUUCCCAAGCCUCGCCACAAAGUGCGAGGUUACCGCUACCUGGAGGACAACUCUGAUGCAACUGAUUCAGAGGAAGAAGAGGAAGAGGGCGAGCAAGAGGAGGAGGAAGCAGAAGCCAAUGAACCUGAUGGCCCACCACACUGCCCUCGGCGGAGGAGACAACAUGCCUAUGGGGAGGCCUUUGGGGAAGAAGUUGGGGAUAACAGGGGGUAAUUCCUGCUUUGCUUUCACUAUGACCCUUAAAAUAUGGGCCAAGAUAUGAAUCUCAAGUGCCUUAGAUUUCAGCUUCCCCCUACAUCACUAACGUUUUCUUCCUGGGGUUGUUCCUGUAAUGUUUUAACUUGGCCAUGGAAAGACUGUGUAAAUUAUGUCCUUGAGUUGCUUUUCGAGUUUAGUAAAUCUGGGUCCAUGUUUUAGUUUGAAGAAUGGGUCAUUUGAGUGCUUCGGAGCAUGAUUGUUUCCUUGCAGAUGUUUCAUUAUCCAAAUUCAAUAACAUCAGUGUGGUAGAGAGUGAGGUUUGCUUUCAUUUUAUAUUCUAGUGGCUUGCUCUGUCAGUGUUGGUGGGAGUGGGGUUUGCUGGGUCAUUUAAAAUAGGUCAUUUGUAAUAAGUCGACUUUAGGACUCCCCCCUGCUUUGUCCUCACUCUCUAAUAGUCGAAGUUACUAGGUACUCAAGUGCAAAUUUCCUUGAAACAGCCUUCAUGGAUUGUGAAAGAUAGGUAUUUUCAAAAGUUAUUUAUGAGAUAACCCUUGGGAAGCAGGGAAGGAAAGAGGGGUAUACUGAUACUUAACAGGUAGUUAUGAGAUAGCUCUUUCAAGCAAAGAAAGGGAGACAGCUAUACUGACCUUCCUUAUAAUUUAGAUAUACAAUGAUAUAUACAAAAAUACUUUAAAUCCAUUUCUAAGGUGACUAUGUCCAUAAGUUUACAAUAAAUAACAAACUAGAAAUGUCAAGAAAACCAUUUAAUAUUUGCAUUUAAUCCUUGUAAUUUAGUACUAUUGUAGACAACAUUUUAAAGCAUAGGUGUCCAACCUUUUGGCUUGCCUGAGCCACAUUGAGUAAAGAGGAAUUGUCAUGGGCCAUAUAUCAAAUUUAUAAUAUUGUUAAUGUAUAUAAAUACCAAAUUUCCUUUAUUUUUUAUUAUAUCUUGUGGGGCCACAUUACUAGCUGACCAGGGCCAGAUGUGGGCCAUGGGUUGGACACACCUGCUUUAAAGUGUCUCUGUGAUGAUAAAGAAGAGAGACAACUGAUAAGUAACUAUCACUGAUAUCUAAACAUACCUUUCUGCAAUAGUUUUGAAUGUGAUCAAAAGAUACUAUCUAGAAAUUUGGGAAAAGGGAUUUAACUACAUACAGAUGCUUUUCCGUAUUGUAUAACACCAGAUUCACCACAUUGAUGUUACCUGAAGACUCUGAUGAUACCAAUCAUCAGUGUUUUCACAUUGUACCACUUUUAGGACAUGACAAUAUUUGAGUACCACCAGCGCUUAGCAAGGUGUCAAAAACUUGAUAACUUAAAAAGGGGGGGAUUUGGGGCUUUACUGGUUACAUUCGUUGUUAUAGAAAUGACUAGUUUAUAAUAUUAUGGAAAAGUAAAAAGUUGAGGUUCAGUGUUAAUGCUUCCUUCCUAUUGCAACAGUGGAACUAAGAACUCAGUGCUUUUUCUUUUCUUUUUCCCUUCUCCCCCUCACUUUUCCCUUUUUCUCUCACCCUUUGCUCGCAACCCCCUCACCCUUUGCUAGCAAAGCUUUUCGCUUGCUCUCAUUCACACACACACAUUGCUCACACAAGCUUCUCCUUUGCUCUCAUUCACUCACACGUUCGCAAAAGCCCCUCGCUCACUUUCACUCACCCUUCGCUCGCAAAGGCCUCUCUCUCUCUCUCUCUCUCUCUCUCUCUCUCUCUCCUCACCGCUUCACUAACAAAAGCCUCUUCUCUCUCUUUCUCCAUGUGUUUUUUUUCCUCUCCCGCCAAAACCUGCUCCUUUUAUAGCUUCUCCUCUCUCUGCCUCCUCUUCCUCCUUUUCUCUUCUGGGUGUGCCAGAAGCUCCAAUCAGCAUGCAGCCGUGCGUGCAGAUCCUGGGGCUUCUGCCGAGCCCUGCAGCUCCAGCUGGUCUCCAGGUCUGUGCGGCACAGCUUUAGCUGCUUCCCUCCCCCGCUACACUUGGCUAGGGGUCACGUACCACCUGCCAAGUGCUAAAGUACCACCGGUGGUACGCGUACCACCGGUUGAAAAGCUCUGUUUUAGAGUCCUCAUUUAAAGACUCUAAUUUCCAUCACUAAGCAAAGCAGUUAUUGGGCAAAACAUCACAGGACUACACACCUUAGCAACAACAGUUCUGGUAGUCCUGGUUACAGUCAUAGACAAGCAUCUCACACUACUCCUGAUCUGUUGUGGUCAUCUGGUUUCAACUUCCCCCACCCACUACCUCCUCCCCAUCCCUAUCAGCCCCAGCUGACCUUGACCAUUUUCCUCCUGCUCUUGAUGAAGCAGUUACUGACCCUUUGCAAGGCCUUUAUGAGCCUCUGUGAUACCUUGCCAGUAGCUACCUUGGCUGUGCCUACCUCAUUCAGGGAGAAGAAGAAGAUAGCAAAAGUCAGCUGGGGGUAAUGGGGAGAUGGCAGGGGUAGGUGGCAGUGGCAGAGGGCAGGGUGGUCAAAAAGACCAGAGAUUGGGAAGGAAUAGCCAGUUGAGAAUUCAGUCAUAUGCAAUGGUUGUAAUGCAGGAGGAUGCCAAGCACUCAAAUUUUGAGCACGUGACUGCAGGGGCACUGCAAAAGAUGUAGCAUUGGGAGCCAAUGGUAACUAUCAUUUGUUCAGCACCACUGUAACUUUAGUCACUGAACAAAUGAUCAUAAAGCAAAGACUAUCUGUAAAGGUUUCCUUUCCCAAGUGAAAAAUAUGACUGAGCAGAUCUUUUUUUAAUACCUUGUAGAGCCAAAAUCAAGAGAAUUUAGAACUAGGAUCUUGUCUCUAAAGUCAUUAUCAUCUCCCCCCACCCCCCAAAAAAUAUAACAUGAAAUACAUGUAAAAAAUGUAUAUGUAUAUAUAUAUGUAAAAACUCAAGAAUCUCAGGAUACCAAGGAAUACUUAAUUAUUGCAACAAAAAUAUUGAACAAUAUUUAGCAUUUUAUUUUUUAUAAUAAAUUUUAUGGUAUUUUGAAUAAAGGCUAUGCUGAACCAAAGAUGCUUGAAUCAAA